AUGGGUGCAAGCGUAACGCUGCCAUGUUGCUUAAAAUCGCUCAAUUUCUUUAAUUCCUCACCUGAUUUCCGCACCAUCUUCUCAUCAGCUUUGCCGUUCGUCAGGCUAGAGGAGCUGCUUAUCACCAGAUGCAAUGAGCUGGAGACCCUUCCUGACGAUAUCGGAGAUUUGGUGCCAUCCCUUCGCAAGCUGACCAUUCAAGAGUGCUAUUAUUUCUCUCACCUGCCUGAAUCUUUUACUUCUCUGAGCCAUUUGGAAGAGCUCAUCGUCUCUCUCUCUGGCCACUUAAUCCUACCCGAUAGCUUUGGUUACAUGCCUGCCCUCAAGCUGCUGGUGCUGGACGCAGUAGAUAUUCUCGAGCUCCCUCCUUCCUUUUGCCAUCUCACAUCUCUCGAGGCGCUUUUUAUAAAUAGCUUGGGGCCCUUCAGGGAAGGUGCUUCUUAUGUGGUAGACAUCUCCCAGCUGUCGCAGCUGAGGGUGCUGAAACUUAACUGCGUUGGGGUGACAUGUGGGCCUGCAGUGAAGAGAAGGUUGUCGUGCCUGGAGCAGCCAGAGCAGGUGGAGCAGCUGCAACAGCUAGAGCACCUGGAGAUGCGUUGGAAAGGUUACAGGCGGGAGCUCCCAGUCCCCCUGACCUUUCUCCCUCGCCUGCGCAGCUUGCUGAUAGAGGCGCCGGGAAUCCGCAGCCUCCCGAAAAUCAUGGCAGCAGUGUUGCCACAGCUACGGCAGCUGGAGCUGCUUUCUUGGUCACCAGAGGAGCUGCCAGAAAGCAUACUGGAAAUUAGCUCGCUGACGUCUCUCAAGCUUCACGCACCUCAGCUGGAGCUCCUACCUCAGGGCAUGAGCCGCUUGUCUCGGCUGCACAAACUGGAGCUGAUUCGCUGCAACGCCUUGCAGCACCUCCCAGAGUUUCUCUCCCAGCUGCAGCAGCUGAUACUGCGCGACACCUCCAUCCCCUCCCUUCCUGCGAGUUUCGUGGAGCUGAUUGUGGAGGGGCUUGAAGAUGAUUGA